AUGCAAUCCUUUUUACGAGUAUCCGUUGCAUUAUCAUAUUCUAGGAGAGCCAGCAAAAUUACUCAAGUAUUCAAUCUCAAGGUUCUCUCUUUUUCAGUAAAUCAUUCAACCCUCACUCCCAGAAUUUCAUUGCCUGAUAGAGAUUAUAGUGUAAAUUCGGAAGUUGCAAGGUCCAAUUCGCUUGUAACGAGACUUUGCCGAGAAGGGAACAUCAAUGAAGCACGACACAUGUUCGAUAAAAUGCUUGAGAGAGAUGUGGUUACUUGGACAGCUGUGAUUACCGGAUACAUCAAAUGUGGUUUGAUUGCUGAAGCAAGAAGAUUAUUUGACAGAACUGAUGCGAUUAAAAACGUGGUCACUUGGACUGCCAUGGUUAGUGGAUACAUGAGACUGAAUCGGAUAUCGGAAGCUGAAAGGUUAUUCGAGGCUAUGCCGAUGAGAAAUGUUGUUUCGUGGAACACAAUGAUUGUUGGGUAUUGCCAAAAUAGGAAAGUAGGUAAGGCACUUGAGAUGUUUGAGAGAAUGCCUGAGAGGAACGUGGUUUCGUGGAACACUGUGAUCACUGCAUUGUCACAAUGUGGGCAAGUUGAUGAGGCGAAGAGAUUGUUUGAUGAAAUGCCUAAGAGAGAUGUGAUUUCAUGGACAGCAAUGGUUGCAGGACUGGCCAGAAACAGUAGGGUUGAUGAUGCCAGGGAGAUUUUCGAUAGGAUGCCAGAGAAGAAUGUUGUGUCGUGGAAUGCGAUGGUUACUGGGUAUGCAAAGAACAUGAGGCUGGUCGAGGCUUUUGAGUUGUUUGAGAAAAUGCCGGAAAGAGAUCUGCCCUCAUGGAAUACGAUGAUCACAGGUUUUAUUCAGAAUCAUGAGCUUAAGCAGGCAAGAAAGUUGUUCAACCAUAUGCCUGAGAAAAAUGUUGUAUCCUGGACUACAAUGAUUACAGGGUACGUCCAAGAGGGGGAGAGCGAGGCAGCAUUGAAGAUCUUUAUGGAAAUGGUAAGAGAUGGUAGAGCGAAGCCUAAUGAGGGAACUUUUGUGAAUGUUUUGGGAGCUUGCAGCGACUCGGCCAGUCUUGGUGAAGGACAACAAGUUCAUCAAAUGAUAAGUAAAACAGUUUAUCAGGAUAUGCCAUUUGUUAUAUCCGCGCUCAUAAGUAUGUACUCAAAAUGUGGGGAGUUGGAUAUGGCAAGGAAGAUGUUCAAUGAUGGAGUUACAAGCCAGAGAGAUUUGGUUUCUUGGAAUGGUAUGGUUGCAGCAUAUGCACACCAUGGUAACGGAAUGGAAGCGAUAAAAUUAUUUAAUGAAAUGAAAGGUCUAGGGUUUAAACCCGACGAUGUUAGCUAUGUGGGGUUACUAUCUGCAUGUAGUCAUGCUGGUUUGGUUGAGGAAGGACUAUCAUACUUCGAAGAACUUACAAAAGAUAAAAGCAUACAAGUAAGAGAGGAUCAUUACACAUGUUUGAUAGAUUUAUGCGGUCGAGCAGGGAGGCUCAGGGAGGCUUUAGAUUUAGUUAAACAGCUAGGGAUCAAGUCAUCAUCGUCCAUUUGGGCAGCUCUUCUAGCCGGAUGUAAUGUUCACGGGGAUCUGAAAAUCGGAAAGCUCGCUGCACAAGAGCUGUCAAAGAAAGAGCCAGAAAAUGCAGGCAGCUAUAUGCUAUUAUCGAGCAUAUACGCUUCUAGCGGGAAAUGGAAAGAAGCUGCGAGAGUGAGGUCGGAAAUGAACGAGAAGGGAUUAAAGAAGCAGCCUGGUUGCAGUUGGAUUGAAAUUGAGAACAGGGUUCAUGUAUUCUUAGCUCGAGACAAAUCUCAUAGUCAGUCUAAUCUUAUCUAUUCUUUACUUAAUAUACUUCAUGCCAAAAUGAAAAAGAUUGGAUCCGAAUCACAUUUUGAUUUCUUAGACGAUCAGGAUUUUUCUGUGAGUUGAGGCUAUAUAGUUUUGGAGCAAUGUAGCAGAUGGUCAGAUUCAUUUCAUCAAUUAAAAAUAGCAUACACUAUAAGAUUAUAAUUGAUUUACA